CCGGAGCGUCCAUGACAAGGUCAGGGACUGACAAGGACGGUGCUUUGUCGAGGUUUACGCUUGCAAAUGGCACAGGCUUCUUUCCUCGUGGCAGUUUGUCAUAGUUUGGGAUAUGAACGGUACGACGCAGUCCUGUAGGCUUACGAUAUUACGUGCCUUUUUCUCACCUGUAAUUCAUUGUACCAACAAUGGAGUACAGCAGGUAUUGUCUGUCCCCCCUGUUCCUGGUGUUCGGUGUGAUAGCUAUGUGGUUUGUGUGCCUGGGUCUGACCAUAGGCCUGGGACAUAAGACCAGUGCCGUGUUCAUCAGUGACACUGGAGCGUACCAUCCUGAGCAGGGAAUCUUCACUAUGACCCUGAACAUCGGCGCUGUCGGCAUCGCCAUGACACAGGUUCUUCACUAUCGCUACGUCACACAAUUUGGCGGGCCGACCAGGCUGAACAUGGCAACCCUGAUAGUCGGGCUGUUAGCGGCGCUGGGACUGAGCAUGGUCGGUGCUUUUCAGUGGAACGAGAUGUUUGUUGUUCAUCUAAUAGGAGCAUCGAUGGCUUUCCUUCUUGGUACGGCGUACGCGUGGCUACAGACUGUUCUGUCGUACAAACUACGAGAUACUGGCACAACCAUGGGCACGUUUGGUCUGAGGUUGUUUCUAGCUAUUGUCGUGACGGGAACUUUGGUGCCGUUUGCAGUAACGCUAGGUUUGGUGUUCACGGACACAGUGCGCACUCCGGCGAUGCUAACAGCGACUGUCACCUUAGAAUGGAUCCUGGGAAUCUCACUGUUGACAUACCUGGCCACACUGGCAUGGGAGCUUAGAAAGGUGACAACUGUCGUCAUUUCUUUGGAUAUAGAAGGGUUAUUCGACUUACAGAAGACGGAAAGGUUGAGGACUGUAGCGGUUAUACCCGGUAACAUUUCGAUGGAGGCCGUUUAGCCAGGACGAGGUUCGGGAUCGCACUGGUAAUGAUGGUUUGGAGACCUCAUUACUUCAUUAAAUAUUUUGACCUAUUGUUAAUUUUUUGUUACCUAUUGUCUCACUGAAUUUGCAAAUUAGGCUGUAAUUAGCAUACUUUAUAUGAAGCGAUGGUCUCUACCAACAUUAGAUGUGAAAGUUCUUUCAUGUUUACAUCAGUGAGCACUUUUUUAUGCAAAAUGACUGUUAUGAACCCACCGUGAACCAUGUGACCGAUAACACUCAGGUUCAGAUGAUUCAAAGUAUCAACUGUAUCGAUGGGAAUUGGGAAAAAGACAAUAAAUAGCGCCAAUGGAUAGGUGACUGGUGAUGUGCGAUAUCACGAGCGAGGAAAGACAAGAACUAGAUAUAAAAUAAGAUUUUAGGGACCAUUAAACAUAAGUUGAUCAGCUGUCUGAUGACACAUUCUUGAACGUGGGAAGAUGCAAUGAACACCAUUAAUGUGAAGAAACCCUGUAAGUAAACCUCCCCCGCAACUCUGUCAAUAAAGUGUGUUUUGUCAUCAAGUCGCUAGGAGGCACUGGUGAUGGCUGCAGUUUGCAGAUGGUCGACAACUUUGCUAAUCCCAUCGCGCGCAAAUCCCUGUGUUUGAAAAACAGCAAUGACGCAUCUGUAUUUCAAGGUAAAGGCCUAAAGGGUAAAAGCCAGGGUACAAUCGCCUUGUCCUUUAUUCCAGUUUCGAUGUAGCGUUACAUGUCCGGGGACAUCACACACAGAAGUCAACGUUAAAAUGCAAAAAAGUAAAAUAAAAGGACUUCAAGGAAAAUGUU